AUAAUAUCAGUUCAUUGAAUUUCGCAUCUAUGACAACUAUUCGUCAAGAAAUCCUAAAAGAAAUUCAAACUUUCUUACAAACAGAAAAAAAGCAAAAAAAGGAUUAUCGCCUUUUCACCGGCAACUUAAAAAGAUUACGCGAAACUCCUCGUAUUAAAACCCUAACCCAAGAAGAGCUAACUACUUGCCAACAAGCCCAAGAAUUCUUAAAACAAUGA